AUGGCUAAGCAUGCGGUUAUCUCCUGCGGUUACGAAAUGCAGGAGACCCCAAAUCUCGUCAGGUUCGUCCUUGGACCAGCUUCCAAAGGGCGAUUUGGGAAUGAGGUAGGCGAUAUUGGCGCGCGAGAGAGAGUGGAGAUUUCCAAGAUCAAGUCCGUCUGGGAGCGACCAUGGGACACAGUAGAUGAACAAGGCAAGCAGAAGGAGGGGAAUCAGAAGAAGGCGUCGCCGAAACAAAUAGCUGAGAGGCUUUGGCAUAACCACGACUUCAGUAAUUCAGUGACUACUGAGGAUGGGCAUUUUGCCAUCAUCAAGGGUCGCAAGUGGCGUGCUACCGACCCACUCAUUCCAGAGAAGCGCGCCGCUGAGCUGCGCAAGGCGCUCAUGGCGGCGCGACGUGCUGUCAAGCAUGCAGCCAGCAAGGAAGAGACCACCGCCGCACGAACACGCGUGCAGGCAGCCAAGGUCGCGCUUGGAGAGCGCGGGACGCCGCCAUGGUGGGAGCAGACAGAUGACGAGCGGCGAGCUCGCUGGAGUGCCGAGGUCUAGGAGUCUAGGUCCCUCAGACUCAUAGUCCGACUUCGAGCACUUUGUGGCUUGUCUUUGUUGUGUCUCAGGGUGACUUUGAGUCCUUCAGACAGAGAAAGGCGGCUACAGGAUCCUUCUACUCUAGUGUUCAAGAAUGUAGCAGCACUUAUAACGCUCUGGAUCGUUAUAUCGGGCACCGCGCGAUUGCAC